AUGGCGUUCUGUGUUGGUAUUAAGAUGCAGAAAGGGUCAUGCAAAACCUUAACGACAGAGUUAGUCCUUGUACACUGCAUCAAGAUCUUGGUGAUAGUGGCACUUAGCCAUCUGGGAAUUCUCCAACCUUUCCAACAGAUGACUGAACCAACUACUGACUCCAUGGAAAAUCAUCCCACCAAUUCAAUACUUGUGUUCGACCGUUUGUACCCGUCGAUAUCCCCGGUGCCUCUCCAUAUACUAACAGCAUGUAUCAAGAGGCUUCCAGUGGUAGAGUUUGGUCAAGUUUUUGAAAAAAUCACAAAGCAUGAAACUCAGGAGACAGUUUGCAGCAUAUGCUUGGAGUGCAAAGAGAGAAGCCAUGAGGUGAGGGAACAGUGCAAAUGUGAUCAUGUGUUUCACAGGGACCGUCUAGAUAGUUGGGUCAAUCAAGGGCAAGUGACCUGCCCUUUGUGCAGAGCCCUGUUGUUUCCGGCCAAGAGAGAAACGACGAGCUGCGGUGGAGAAAAGUCAGGGACGAUGGACAGGGAUGGUUACCUUAAUAGGUUAGAAUUCAUCGUGAGAUGA